AUGCCGGACACGGAGGUGGCCCGGUUGGUGAACUACAUCUCGAACUACAAACUCUCGGAGGCGGAGUGGCAGUUCGGCAUGCGGCCGUACUCCCGCGCACACCCACCGCCCACGUCGGUCACGAUGCAGAUCCUCACAUCCCAGUCGGCAGCCGACGCCCUGGAGCAGGGCCAUGAGUACCUGCCGGACCGGUCAGUGAGUGACGCGGACGACCCCGAAUUGGGGGCAGCCGCCAUGGAGGAUGACGCCACAGGUGGCGGUGGCGGAGCAGGCGGCUUCGGCGGAGGCGGCUCCGGCGGAGGCAAUGUCGAGGAGUGGCCGGAUGACGAGGAGGAGGAGGCCGAACAGCGCCGCCCGCACGGCGCCAAGGCGGGCGUGAGCUCUUCAGCCGUGCUGACGGCACCAAGCGGCGCACAGAAGCGCCUAGCCGGCCCGUUGUUGUUCGGCAGCCGGCUGAAGAAACCGAAGAACACGGCCGCCGCGAAGGCGGCCCAGUUCAAGAGGCCCCCUAAGCAGCCCCCGACGAUGUCUGCGGCCCCGCUCUCUCUUGAGGGGUCUGGCUCCGCCUCCGUGAUCGGGACGGCGGAGGGCUCCGCCAACACCCGCCGCGUGGACCCGUGCGCCGAGCUCCAGGUGGUGAUGGAGCGGAACGCGCGGGAGGCGCGCGAGGAGCGGGAGAAGGCGGAGCAAGAGAAGGCGGACGCGGCCAAGGCGGCGCAGGAGGAGGCCGAUACGGCGGCCAAGGCUCAGGCCGAUGCCGAGGCCAAGGCGCAGGAGGACGCGACUGCCAAAGCACAAGCGGAAGAGGCCGCACGUGGCCGGACUCCGCAACUCAUCAUCCCUCUACGCUCCGCGCCACUGGCGCCAGAGACCCAGGCGCUGACGGGAAGAGCCGGCGACGACCAGCCGGUCAUGGAGAGGGGAGGGGGCGACCCCGUUAGUGUGGAGGCAGAAGUGACCUCGCCCAUGCCGGCUGCCGACACUCAGACCAGUCGGCCUGAGGCGCCGCAAGUGCCGCCAGUCGGUGGCGAGCUGGUGGUGCGGGCGACCCCGGUGGCCCGUACUCCGGUGCUCCGGCGAGUGGCGAAGGCGACCUCAGUGCCACGGCCGCAGGAGAUCGAGGUCGCAAGCUCGUCGGCCCCAGAUGCAGAGGCCACCAUCGCCGUCCUGCCAGAAUGGACGCUUGGGGGAGCCAACGCCACCUUGCAGCAGCACCUGGGCGAAGCCCAAACCACGCUGCGCGCCAAGGAGGAGGAGUGCAGCAAGGUGGCGCAGGAGCGCGACCGCCUGGCAAAGAAGUUGGCGGACUAG